CGAACAGCUGGCCAACAGCUAUUACGUCAAAAUAAAGUGCUGAAAGUGUUGAAAGUGCCUUAGAAUUAAAUUAAAACUAUAACAUAUCGCGUAGACCGUACUGCAUGGGACAUCGUCUUUAAGCCAGAGUGUUGACAAUGAUAGCUAUGCCAAGGCUUUGUGUAAAAUAAUGGCCGCGUACUAAGCGGCCCUUAUCAUCCCCCCACCGAAUAAGAGCAAAGCACGGGCAACGGGUCCGGAAUUGCAUGCACGGAGGCGCAAAGUUCCCACGAUUGCGUCCACACAGUUGCUCUAAAACUGCACAGCGGAUGUGCAACUGUCGUGCAUCAUUUGCAUCCGCUUCAACGCUCAACCUCAACGCUCAAGUUCAAGCCGAAUGCAGAUCGUGGCUCGGCUUUGGAUCGGACCAAACCCGAAAGCCCCAAUCCCACCACGACUAACAACUCUUUCACCACAGUUGGCGCGCAGGCGCGCAAGCCAGCUCUCGGGUUGCUCCAAAACCACUAAAGCUCCACUUUGCUGGAGCUGCUGGAGCCAGACGCAAGCCAAACGCGCUUCGCUGCCGCCUCAUAUAUAAAAACCUUUGCCUCGUUCCGCCGUAGAUCUAGCGUUUGAAGAAGUGUGAGACUGACAGUCGACCGACCGCUUGUUUCGGGCGUGUGUGUGAAUCGAUCAUCGCAUAUAUCCUGCGAGAACGAACCCCCAAUAGAAUAAUAAACCAGAAUAAAAACAAAAGGAAGAAUGCCCUCAAAUAAUCAGUGAGCUGCACAUCCUCCUAAUUUCUCUGUGUGUUUUGUGUGUGUGUCUCGAUCGUUUCUUGCACCUGCACUACUCUUUAACCAAAGAGACAAAAACGAAAUAAACAAAAAAGAAAAAACCAAAAAUCAAAUACAACAAAAUGGCCUGCUUGAGCACUUCCGGUCGCGUUGUGUGCGGUUCGCGUCGCCAGCAAACGCACAAAUUCCUGUGCCAACUCUUUGGACGACAAUCAGGAUAUGCCGCGUCGGUCUCCAGUUCGGGUUCGGGCUCGGGCUCGGGAUCCCAGCUGCAGUCGAUCGCAAACUCACAACAAUACCAAUUGGUUCGUCGCUUUCAUGGAUUAAGCUUCAACCUGGGCAAGGAUUAUCUCGAUUUGCUGCAAAACACCCACAGCUGCAGCCACAAUCUGAAGUACUCGCAGUGCUCCAAGACGAAUCUAAGGCAACACAGCUCGGUGCAUACCCAACAGCCCGCCGGUCCUGUCCGUGAGAUUCAGAUCGAUCCGUACAUCAUACUGGACGAUGAACUCAAGUACUUUUAUGAUGAUGUGAGAGAUUUGCUGCAAUCGGGAACAUCCCAGCCGGAGCUGGACACCAUCGCCAGCUACUACUUCGAUGGCCAGGGUAAGGCCCUGCGGCCCAUGGUCACCAUGCUGAUGGCCAAGGCGAUAAACUAUCAUUUGAACAACGAGUCACACCAAUUAGUACACAAACAACGACAAGUCGCUCUCUUCUCCGAGAUGGUACACUCGGCCAGCCUGGUGCACGACGAUGUCAUCGAUCAGUCGGACUUCCGACGCGGCAAGCCCAGCGUUAACGCUCUAUGGAAUCAUAAAAAGGUCACAAUGGCUGGUGAUUAUAUCUUAUCGAUUGCCUCGAUUAUGAUAGCCCGUCUGCGCAGCGACGAUGUGACGAUCGUCUUGAGUCAGAUAUUAACCGAUUUGGUUCAAGGCGAGUUCAUGCAGCUGGGCUCAAGGGAAACGGAGAACGAGCGUUUCGCCCACUAUUUGACCAAGACAUACAGGAAGACCGCAUCGCUGAUUGCCAACGCACUGAAGGCGACCGCCGUCAUUGCCCAGGCCGAUGAUAAUGUGGCCGAAGUGGCCUUCCAGUACGGACGAAACAUUGGCCUGGCCUUUCAACUGGUCGACGACAUGCUGGACUUUGUCUCAUCCACCGAACAGAUGGGAAAGCCAACGGCGGCAGACCUCAAACUGGGCCUGGCCACGGCUCCAGUUCUCUUUGCAUGCGAAAAGUACCCCGAGCUGAAUCCCAUGGUGAUGCGACGCUUUAGCGAGCCCGGAGAUGUAGAGCGGGCCUUUGAGCUGGUGCACAAGUCGCACGGACUGGAGCAGACCCGCUUCCUGGCCAAGAAGCACUGCAACGAGGCGAUACGGCUGGCCCAGGAACUGACGGAGUCGCCCUACCAGAAGGGCCUACAGGUCGUGGCCGACCUAGUCAUCAACCGCAUGAAGUAGAGCAUAAUGAAUCAGAACUACAAUUUAAAUAUAAUAUAAUGGAAUAACAAUAAUAUGUAGGCUAAGAGCGGGCCGAUUGACACACGAUUGAGGUUUGGAUUAGGUUUUUGUCGGCACAUAAACGAAUAACGGCAAAUUGUAAAGAUGAUUUAUUAUUUAGUUUUUAGGCAUCUGUUGUUGACACUGUAAAUAAUUGCAUAAAAACAAACAAAAAGAAACCGAAAUAAACGGCCACGUUUGCUGUACAUAAAAACGAUAGAUGUUCAUUGAAUUUUUCAAGAAAUUUUAUAUGCAAUGUUUUUGAGAGAAUAUAUCUAUACGAAAUACUAUAUGUGUGUGUAAAGCCAACAAGACAAUUGUACAAAUCUUUCUUCUAAAACGGAAAUGAAUCAAGCCUAAAAGGAAUCGAAAACAAGAUUUAGCUACAGCUUUUGAGGGAACUUUCCUUCCGGUUGAGUUAUUUCUAAGUUAGAAAAAAAAAAUCAUAUUUAGUCAAUGCAACAAAGAAAGCAGAGUGCAAAACGAUAUUUAUAAAACAAAGACAGCCCUAAAUAAUACACACAAAACUAAUGUUUUAUUUAUGCUUAAUAAUUGUUUAAGGCAUUUCAUGCCUAAAUGGUUCAAUGGUCAUUGCCUGCACUCUUCAGAAUCCCCCUCCCUCUUUCGGACAGCACAAAAAUAUCUUAUUUAAAGUCUUUAUUUAAUUUAAUGGAAUUAAAUUGAAUUUUUGAACCAUUCGCGCAUGAAAUGCACAUAUACAAUCUGUUGUUGUACAUAUAAAGAAAAUCCCUCCCCUAAGAGUGGAUUAUAUGAGAAAACAACGCCCAGUGCCCAGUCUUAAUUUUAAUAAAAUCUUAUUUUCUGCAAUAAUAAUUAAUAAGAGACUCAAACAAAAUCGGACAACAACAAAAUAUCUACAGAAUCCCAUACGAAAAGAGAAAACACUUCUAUAUAAUAUAAUUUAAGUUUUUAUUUUAAUUUAUGCAGCUAAACCUCAAUUAAGUCAGUCAGCAACUUUUGUUUUUUUUUGGUUUUUGAUAGAAAUUAUUAAAUGGUUUAGGGCUCCUUUACAGCCUGCUACACUGAGGUAAAAAGAGAGAACAAACUAAAACCAAAUCUUGAGUAGAAAUCAAUUAAAAAUGGGUGCUGAAGACACGAUUUGGCCCCCACAGGUUAUGGAGUGUGAACACUGAAACGAUGGAAAUGUUGUUGAUAUUGAUAACUAAAAUUACGAUAUUUGUAUACCUAAUGAGAUGAAUAAAAAUUCGA